AUGACAAUAGCACGACCUGUACGGGCGCUCAUUGUAGGCGCUGUCCUGCUCUGGUGCUUCCUGAUCUAUCAAAUAUUCAAGCCCGUGCCCGAGUUUCACGGCCCUGGCGACCGCUACAUCAACUUUGAGCGUGAUCCCAACCUUGAUCAACUCCGUCGCCUCGCAGCCACGUUCGAGCCAAAGGGAACACUGAGGCGCACGUCUGAACGCUAUGCCCCCGACGCCGAGGACCCGGCUCGCAUCGAUGCCACGCUGUUGGCCCUCGUGCGCAACGAGGAGGUCGACGACAUGGUCUCGUCCAUGAUCGACCUGGAGCGCACGUGGAACUCCAAGUUCAACUACCCGUGGACCUUUUUCAAUGACGUUCCCUUCACCGAAGAGUUCAAGAAGAAGACGUCGGCAGUGACUAAGGCCAAAUGCAACUAUGAACUCAUUCCCAACGAGCACUGGGAUAAACCCUCAUGGAUCGAUGACAAGACGUUCAGGCAGUCAGCCAAGGUCCUCGAGUCCAAGGGCGUCCAGUACGCCAGCAAGAUGUCGUACCACCAAAUGUGCCGGUGGAACAGCGGCCUCUUCUACAAGCACCCUGCCCUUCGCGAUACGCGCUACUACUGGCGUGUUGAGCCCAACGUCCACUUCUUCUGCGAUGUCGACUACGAUGUCUUUGCCUACAUGUACGACAACAACAAGACGUACGGCUUCACCAUCAACCUCUACGACGAUCCCCGGACCCUACCCACCCUGUGGCCCGAGACCGUCAAGUUCCUCGAGAAGCACCCGGAGUACCUCGACGAGAACAACGCCGUCGGUUGGGUCACUGACGACACUCACCGGCCCGAGAACAACCACCGCGCCCAGGGCUACUCGACUUGCCAUUUCUGGAGCAACUUUGAGGUUGGCGACAUGGAGUUUUGGCGCGGAAAGGCCUACGAGGACUACUUUGACCACCUAGAUCGCGCUGGAGGGUUCUUCUACGAGCGAUGGGGCGAUGCUCCCGUCCACAGCAUUGCUCUCGGCCUGUUUGAGGAUUCUAGCAAGAUUCACUGGUUCCGUGACAUCGGUUACCAGCACAUCCCCUUCUUCAAUUGCCCCAACUCGCCCAAGUGUCAGGGUUGCGUGACGGGCCGUCUUACGGAUGGUGAGGCGUGGCUUCAUCGCGACGACUGCCGACCCGUUUGGUUCAAGAAUGCCGGUCACGACAUUGGACCUAGGCUUCUCCUUGCCAUCCCUACCGACGACCUUCUUCCGCGGGGCCGCACCCCAUGGGACAGCCAGUCUAGCGACGAGUUUGGCGGUGAGGAGAUCCCACACCCAGACCCUCCCGUCGUCGCCUUCGGGGCCGGACGGCGGCGGGGCCUCAUCCCCGGCGACGACGUACCUCUCCCCCGCACCGAGCAUGGACUGCACGCGCAGCUCGGCGUUCCUGAAUUCCGGAUGCGAGCCCUGAGGCAGGACCCGGUGUCCCGGUCCAUGAGGCGGAGUCUGCUGUCGAGGCUGCCGACCAGGACGGUCCUGGCGUCCCUGGCGAGGCACAGGCUCGUGACGCUGGCGCCGACGACGUCGCUCGUGACGCGGCCGGCCCGCACGUCGUACGACCGCACGCGACCGUCGACACUGCCGGCCAGCACCGUGUCCCCGUGCACGGCGAGGGAGGUGACGGCGUCGCGCGCCUCGUCGAGCACCUGGAUCGGCCGUCCGCCUCCGCCGCGCGUGUCCCAUAUCCGCACCGUCGUAUCCGCCCCGCCGCUGACCACCAGGCACCCGCCCGUCCCGGCCAGACGCACGCAGUUGACGCGCGACCCGUGCCCGUCCGUCCCGAAGCGCCGCGUCGUCUUCGCGCUCGCCACGUCCCACACGUACACGGCCCGGUCGCCGCCGCAGCUGGCGAACCGCUCAUUAUCGUGGGACACGCACACGUCUAGCACCUCGUAG